UUACUGUCCCCGUCUUCGUCCAGACAGACCCUGCCCUUUCCUUUCUGUCGCCCUGUCUGUGGGAUCGGUCGUUAAGAAUUGGGUAGCCUGACAAUGGGGAUCUUUCUCCGCCGCAUGCAGUGCUGACCCUCCGGGCCCUCCUGUUUGGGAGUGUAUGUUAAGUGGUCCGCUUACCCCCCACCUCUUUUGAAUGUCACUCAUUAUGGCUAAGCGUGAGACUGGCAGCACCAGCCCCGUGGUCAGGCAGAUAGACAAGCAGUUCCUGGUUUGCAGCAUCUGUUUGGACCGGUAUCACAACCCCAAGGUUCUGCCCUGCCUGCACACAUUCUGUGAGAGAUGUCUACAGAACUACAUCCCUCCCCAGUCUUUGACACUCUCCUGUCCAGUAUGCAGACAGACGUCUAUCUUGCCGGAGAAGGGCGUGGCAGCCCUACAGAACAACUUCUUCAUCACAAACCUAAUGGAAGUGUUACAACGAGACACAGAAUGCAGUCGAGCCGAGGCGUGCAACGUGCUCGAGUCAGCCAAUGCAGUCACAGCCUGUCAACCCCUUUCUUGCCCCAACCACGAAGGAAAAGUAAUGGAGUUUUACUGUGAGUCAUGUGAGACAGCCAUGUGUCUGGAGUGCACAGAAGGGGAACACAGGGAACAUGUGACCGUUCCUCUGAGGGAUGUGCUGGAGCAGCACAAGUCGGUUCUUAAAAACCAGCUGGACACUGUGCGCAACAGAUUACCUCAGCUGACUGCUGCCAUUGGGCUGGUAAAUGAGAUCUCCAAGCAGCUAACGGAGAGGAAAAACGAGGCAGUGACGGAUAUCAGUAAUACUUUUGACGAGCUUGAGAAGGCAUUGCACCAACGCAAGACUGCUCUUAUUACAGAGGUGGAAAACAUCUGCAGCACCAAGCAAAAGGUGCUUCAGACCCAGCUGGCCUCUUUGCUUCAGGGCAAAGAGAACAUUGAAAGCAGCGGCAGCUUCACAGAACAUGCUCUUAGCCAUGGCAGUGCCACUGAGAUCCUGCUGGUUCAGAAACAAAUGGGCGAGCGGGUCAGCGCUCUGGCAAGACACAGCUUCCCUGAGCAUCCUCAUGAAAAUGGACACUUAAAAUGCCAGGUAGAGACAGAUGGACUUAGGCGCUCUAUUCAGAACCUGGGGGUCCUCAUUACAACUGGGGCCGUAGGCCAUACCAGUGUCGCCACUGGUGAAGGCCUGCGACAUGCAGUAGUUGGCCAGCACACCACCAUAACUGUUACCACCAAAGACAAGGAUGGAGAAUUGGUGAAAUCUGGGAACGCUGUUCUUAAGGCAGAAAUAGUUUCUGCAGAUGGAGUUUGCACUGAAGCAGAGGUGGUAGACAACAAGAAUGGCACCUACGAGGUUGGGUAUUCCCUCCGCUCUGAGGGAGAAUUCACCUUCUCUCUGCUGUUAUAUGAACAGCCUGUAAGGGGAAGCCCGUUCCGCCUCCGGGCUGUCAAGCUGUCAGAUGUCCUGCAGUCGCCAGAAGAUGUGAAGAGAAGAGUAAAGUCCCCAAGUGGAGGAGGGGGCCAUGUCCGACAGAAGGCUGUACGCAGGCCCUCCAGCAUGUACAGCACCACCAAGAAAAAGGAAAACCCAAUAGAGGACGAGCUGAUCUACAGAGUUGGGACACGAGGGCGGGACAAAGGCGAGUUCACAAACCUUCAGGGCAUCUCUGCCUCCACCAAUGGACGGAUCGUGGUUGCAGACAGCAACAACCAGUGUAUACAGGUAUUUUCUAAUGACGGCCAGUUUAAGAUGAGGUUUGGUGUGCGGGGUCGAUCCCCAGGACAGCUGCAGCGUCCCACGGGUGUAACGGUGGACAUGAACGGAGACAUAAUAGUGGCCGACUAUGACAACAGAUGGAUUAGCAUUUUCUCAUCAGAUGGCAAGUUUAAGAAUAAAAUUGGUGCUGGGAGGUUGAUGGGACCCAAAGGUGUGGCUGUGGAUAAAAAUGGACAUAUAAUCACUGUUGAUAACAAAGCCUGCUGUGUCUUCAUCUUCCAAUCAAAUGGGAAGCUGGUGACAAAGUUUGGAGCCAGAGGAACCUCGGAGAGACACUUUGCAGAGAAAAGUGGUGCAAACAUUGCACUGGAAUCAAAGCUUAGUAAAUCUGGCCCUCUUUUCAGUCCUCACUUUGUGGCUGUUAAUAACAAAAAUGAGAUUGUGGUAACAGACUUUCAUAACCAUUCGGUCAAGGUGUACAAUGCUGACGGGGAGUUCCUGUAUAAAUUUGGUUCCCAUGGUGAGGGGAACGGCCAGUUCAAUGCCCCAACAGGCGUGGCUGUUGAUGCCAAUGGAAACAUUAUUGUUGCUGAUUGGGGCAACAGUCGCAUCCAGGUGUUUGACAGUUCAGGGUCCUUCCUCUCCUACAUCAACACGUCCGCUGAUCCGCUUUACGGCCCUCAGGGCUUGGCCCUUACAUCUGACGGCCAUGUGGCGGUGGCAGACUCCGGGAACCACUGCUUUAAAGUCUACCGCUACCUGCAGUAGAGACCCGAGAAGGCUAUUUCCACCACUACGAGCACUGAUGACACAACAAAUGUAAUCCACAGGGUGCAACGAUAUUUCCAGUACAGCCUUUUGACGUGCACAUCAGCAUAUUUCUCAGAUGUAACUGUCUACUUGUUUUACAUUUUAUGAUGUGUAUUGAAGGUUGAUUCUCUUUUUAUUCAAGCUCAGUAAUGUAGCAUCCUCGGGACAAAUGGUCACACAAAUCUUUGGACUUGUUUCGGAGAAUGUGCAAAGGCAUUUUUGUGUGAUAUUAUACAACCAGGCUGUCAGUAACACUAUAGGAUAUAUUUAAUCAGCUCAAACCUUUCCAGAUGCAUGAAAUUUCUUUCUUUUUCCCUCAGUUCCUAGACAAAGGCAUAGUGCACAUUUGCUGUUUUUACCUUACUUAGUGAUGUAAACAAUGCUCUGCUUCUUCAGCAUUGGGAUGAAUCGUAAACAUUUCUCCUUUACCGGCAUCUAUCUUGAAAACGUAAUUGCCAUCUGUGCAUUGGUUUGAUGUACGUACUGUAUAUACUGUACAUGAAUGUACAUUGUGUAUAUUAGAUCACCCUGUCUGUAAGUGCUGUUUGAUUUUGGAACACGCAGUUUUUUGCCUUUUCAGAGCAAAUGAAGGAUUCUUGGACUUUUUACACAUGUGGCAGCUGUUAAAGAAGGAGCUUUUGUGAACACACCCAGCACACAUAUUAGAGACGAGUGUCCUAUAGAUGCUUUUGUUAGCAGCACAAUGAUUAUUUUGUUUACAACUGUUGUUUUUAAGGCGAAAAUUAUGUAAAAUGCUAAUUUAUUUUAUUUCUACUAGCUCAGUCUAUAGAGAUUAUUUUUCUGUUUUUUUUUUCUCUUUAUGUGCUAUUUUUUUAUUUCAAACUUUUAAGGGAGAAUUUCGCCUUGAAGCAGAAUUCAAUGAUCCAAGAUUUGUGCAGCUGGGUUGCUUAUUUCCGCAGCCAAUUUGAUUUGAUAAAAAUUUAGGUUCAGCAUUUUAAUUUAAAUUAUGUCCUUUAAUAAGUUAGUUAAUAUCUAUUUUUGUCUGAGUGCUACUGCCUGGCAAUAACACUGCACAGAUCUCAGGAAAGCCCACCAAGUUUAUAUAAAAUGUUAGUAUGAAUUUUUUAUGUUUUAUGCACAAACCUAUGUUGAUUUGGCAGACUAAAAUCACGUGAAUUAUCAAAAUGGGAUAUGAAUUCUGUUUCAGGGUGUUUGCAUUUUUUGUGGCUUCGCACAACCUUUUUCUGUACAUUGUUCUAUAUUAGAUGGGAUUGGCUAGUGAACACAUCGACACCUAAAACUCCACUCAGAAUCAUUAUUUUAUAAGCUACCUGUUUUUUCUGCCUACGUUCCUUCCUUCAUGAUGCCAAACCAUAAGUCCAAAGCGAAGAUGCACAGAGGGUGGUGUUGCUGCUAUUGCUGCUCCUCAUGUUCAUUCAUUGUAAUGUCAGAGGAACCGCAGCAGAGAAGAAGGAUGUGGUCGAGACAGGCUCCGGGUUCCACUCAGUUAUCCACAGCGCUGUGUUUAUCGUCUAAUCGCUGAUUUAGCCUUUCAUGCUGUGGUGCUUUCUGAGCUCAAUUAUCACUGGUUAAGUAUGAUUGGAAGUUUUUUUUUUUAAUGCACUUAACCUGUUGUUUGACCUGUUGCCAAACAGAAGCAAUGACCUCUUUUAAGAGUCAAAUGCUCGCCUUUUUAACUUUUUUUGAGACGUGUUCAAAGUUUUCCACCUUACCCAUAUUUUUGUUUUCUCAAUGAAUAUGCACUGGUAAUAAAAGCACAUGGUUUACUGAA